AUUACUAAAAAUUGGUGAUGAACAGCGUUUUGAUAUUAGCGUUAGGGUUUUCAACAAUUGAAACCCCUGUUUUUGUUGAUCCAUUGAGCUUUUGGGAAUUGGAAUCCAAUGGGGCGAAUCUUUCGAAGUUGCAUGCAAUCGAUCCUGAAGCUGGUGAAUUCCAUCAUUGGAAUGGUUGGUAUUGCAAUGGUGAUGUAUGCUCUAUGGAUGAUUAGGGUUUGGAACAGACACAUGGACGAUUACGAUUCCCGAGCUCCAUGGUUCAUCUACACUUUUCUUGGCCUUGGGGCGACAUUAUGUUUGUUCACGUGCUUUGGUCAUGCUGCUGCUGAGACUGCAAAUGGUUGUUGCCUUUAUGUCUAUAUGAUGUAUAUCUUUUUUCUUCUCAUACUGGAGGCUGGAGUAACUGCAGAUGUAUUUCUAAACCACGACUGGGAGGAGGACUUCCCUGAAGAUCCAACUGGGAGUUUUCAUGAGUUCAAAAAUUUUGUCAGGUCAAACUUUGAGAUCUGCAAAUGGAUUGGCUUGUCGAUAUUGUUUGUACAGGGACUGUCUAUUUUAUUGGCUAUGGUACUCAAAGCUCUAGGGCCACAUCAGUACUAUGAUAGUGAUGAUGAAUAUGCCCCAACCCGGGCUCCACUAUUGAGGAAUGCAGUUCACCCACCUCCUUAUGUUGCUGGUGACCCCUUCUCUGGAUCUAGAACUGAUGCUUAUGGUAUAAGGAUUAAUGAAAAGACUGGCCGGUAAAACGAUUUACAUGAGGCAGUAGCCCAGUGUUAAGCUGGAAAGGAAGUGCAGAUGCAUAAUAAGAAGUGCUGUUGUAUGAUUACCUAUUUCCUGCGUGUUGAUCCUUGAAGAUGAAGGAGCUUUCUGAGAAACAUACUGUAAGUUGGUAAAAUUGGUUGUGCAGAGUGUACAUAAAGCAAUACCCUUCAGCUAUUAUGCUCAAAUCUCAUAACAAUGACAAUUUAUAUCGUACUGUUAUUAGAUUUUGCACUGUGCUUAUAUACAUUGAUAUCCUAUUUUAGGAAUUCACACGGUAUGGUCAUUUCAUGCCUUGUAUCA